AUGGUUACUUUCAUUACUGUUAUUUUGCAAGAAAUAAAGAGAACGUAUGAAAGGUUGGUGACCAUGGUUGAAGGGUUGGUGUCAACAAUUGGAGAAGAGUUGGUUUCCCUGCAGUUGAGAUUAACAGAUGACAAUGAGAAGGAAGAUGUGGUGGAAGUAGCAAGUAGUAAAGAUGAUAAAGAGAAUGCAAUUGAAGAUAAAGAAAAGGGUGGAGAAGCUAAAGGAAGCCUGAUAUUACAAAGCCCAAAAGAUUCAAUUCUGUCACAAGAGGAAGAACAAAGUGAACCAGAAAAAGAUGACAAAGAAGAGGAAAAACGUGCUCUGCAUAAAGAAGAAAGUAAAUCUCAAGAUGAAGAGAAAAGAGAAGAAAGCGAACUAAAGAAAGAUGAUAAAGAAGAGGACAAAAGUGCUCCGCAUGAAAAAGAGAGUCAAUCUCAACCUGAAGAGAAAAGAGAAGGGAGUGACUCUGAAUCAGGGGAUGACGAGGAAGAAAAAACUAAAGACAAGUCUAGUGAUGCAGCAGUAGAAGAGGAUAAAGGUUUAGGCGAUAAUGAGGAGGGAAAGGAUGAAAUGAACAAGGAAGCAUAA